AUGUCAAAAAUAAUCGACAAGUCAGUCUUUGACUACGGAGGAAAGACUUUGGUGUCCCUUGCUUCAGAUAACAAGACACUUUGUGUUGCUAACAAAAACGGUUUAAGCAAAGUGUUACAAAUCAACAAACCAGAAGACGAGCCUGAAAUUCUCGAGAUUGCUAAGAAUUUGACUUCUAUUCGAUGUGCUUCCGAUACUACCUGCCUUGUCACAACUUUACAAGGUGACGCCUAUAGGUAUGAUCUUGAGCACCCCAUGGAUCAAUUGCUUGUAAGAUCUGCUCUACCUUUUCGCGAUUGUACCAUUUUGCAUGGUGGAAGGAUGGCAGUAUUCGGCGGAGAUGACCUAGAGAUGUCGAUCGUGGAAUUAGACAAUGAAGCUUUUACAAAGCAUGUCGUGAAGGUAGACGAACAAAUAUCACAACUUUCAUACAGUACACAGACCAAUCUACUUUCUGUAUCAUUUAUUAACGGAAAUGUACAGUUCUUUUCUCUGUCCUCCACAAGACCCAAUAAAGUGCAAGAAUUGAAGGGCUAUAUUCCUGCCAAUUCAUAUAACGACGCCCACACAGAUAGACUUUUGCAAAAGUUGAAUGAAAUAGAUGAGGUGACUUAUCCUGAAACUCCAGACGAUGGUGAAGAUCAUGAUGUCAUCAAAGACGCUGAGUUUUGUGACGAGAAUAGAAUUUGCACCCGUCCAGCAUGGCAUCCUACAGGAUUACAAUUCGGAUUACCUUGUGAAGACUCGACAGUAAAAAUUUUCUCUGUAAAGGGCUACGAACUAAUCAAGACUUUGGUCAAUUCCUCCUUUUCUAAAUCCCACUUUAUUGAUCUACAAUUUGAGCCACUGCACGGUAACUACGUGGCUGCAGUUGACCUGCAAAACAGAUUAACAAUAUGGAAUUGGCUUACCUCUGAGAUCUCAUUUAAGAAAGAAUUCAAGCAAAAGAUUACAAACUUUGUUUGGAGGCCUCAACCAGAUUCGAAAACGUUGGAUCUCAUCAUGGGGACUUGGUCGGGCGAGAUAAUCAUCGUUCAUAGCGCGGUUGAAUCUGUCAAAGAUGUCAACUCUGACUAUCAAUCAAAUGUUGAUGGAAUUAAGAAGACGAGUUUAUUCGUGGAGUCGGACCUGGAGGAGAGCGAUUCGGAUUUUGCUACAGGAAGGCAUCAAGGGCCUUCCGACAAACAUAUUGAAAAUGGAGAACAUGUGUUCGAUGAAAAUAGGGACCAAGAUGGUUCUAAGCGAAUUUAUCAUUUCGAUGAUGAAGAAGACUUCAUUGACGAUGAUGAUGGCGCCGGUUAUGUCACGGAAAAGAAGCAUAAAAAUGAUAGAUCAACAUUUGACUCAAAAAAUUAUCAGGGAAAGUUUAUCACACCUGCUUCACACACCUAUCACUAUAAACCUUUGUCGCCUGGUGCCACCCCAUUUGGUAAUAGUGACAGAAGAUACCUGACAAUGAAUAAUGUUGGAUACGUUUCUUUGGUGAAAAACAAUCUACAAAACAGUAUUACGGUAUCCUUCUUCGAUAUUGGGCGUUUUAAAGAAUACCACUUUGAGGAUAUCUUUGGUUAUGAUGUCUGCUCAUUGAAUGAAAAUGGGGCAUUAUUUGCUCAAUCAAGAUCAGGCCAAGUUCAUUAUAGGUCCCAUACCAUGUUGAACUCAAACUGGACCAAAACUAUUCCAAUACAACAAGGAGAAAAGAUUACUUGUGUUGCAGCAACACCAAAGAGAAUAUUCUUGGGUACUUCAUUCGGCUACAUGAGGACUUUCAAUCAAUUCGGUGUUCCAUUGUCGGUUGAAAAGAUGUCUCCUGUGGUAGCCAUUUCCGCGCAGGAUUACAGAGUGUUUGCAGUCCACUAUUCACAAUAUAAUGGUGUUUCGUAUUCUAUUUUUGAGCAAUCUUCUCAUUUAUCAAAAUACUACCAGAAAGAAUGCUCUCUACCUAUAGCACUUCCUCAAUCUAUCGCGAGAGGAAACUCUAAUAUUGAGACAGAUUUCACAAGUUUCAACCCCCUUGGGAUUAAAAGCUUAUUUUUUUCUACUUACGGAGAUCCCUGUAUUUUCGCUAGCGACAAUGUUCUAUUGGUAUUGUCUAAAUGGCGGCACUCCGCAGAAAGUAAAUGGUUGCCACUUCUUGACGCAAAUAUGGAGGUUUGGAGGAUUUCGGGAGGCAAUGAGAAAUCACAAGUGCAUAUAUGGCCUCUGGGACUCACAUAUGAUACGCUGAAUUGUAUCCUGGUUAAAGGAAAGAAUAUGUGGCCAGAAUUCCCUUUGCCACUACCUUCAGAAAUGGAAGUCAGAAUACCAAUAUAUGUCAAAAGUGUUAUACUCCAAGAAAUUAAAAAAAAGAGGGAUGAAGCUCUCGCUGGAGAGGCAGAAGCUGCCACUAAUACAGGUCAUGAAAGAGAACUCACGGAGGUUGCUGUUCCUUCACAAAUGGCUGCAGAGGAAGAGUUCCUCAGAUCUAAAGUUCUCUCAUCGUUACUAGGUGAUUCUUUGGAGAACGACGGUGAGUUGUACGGUAAUGAAAAUGAGCUACUGGCCUCAUUGAAUGGCGCUUAUGACAAGUCGCUCCUGAGAUUAUUUGCCACGGCCUGCUCGGAUCAGAAUUCGGAUAUGGCCCUAUCAUUGGCACAAGAGUUAAAACAAGAUAGAGCGCUGAUUGCAGCAGCUAAAAUAUCAGAAAGGGCAGAGCUGCCCAAUUUGGUCAAACGGGUAAACGAUCUUAGAGAGGCAAGGUUCGAGCAACAAAUGAAUUAUGCGCAAUAA